GGCCCUCUCCAUGGAUAUAGACACAGACUAUGAGCGACCCAAUGUGGAAACCAUUAAAUGUGUGGUGGUAGGGGAUAAUGCAGUGGGCAAGACCAGGCUCAUAUGUGCCCGGGCUUGCAAUGCCACCCUCACACAGUAUCAGCUGCUCGCCACCCACGUGCCAACCGUUUGGGCCAUCGACCAGUAUCGUGUAUGCCAGGAGGUGCUAGAGAGGUCCCGUGACGUUGUGGACGAGGUCAGUGUGUCCCUUAGGCUCUGGGACACAUUCGGGGACCAUCACAAGGACAGACGAUUCGCUUAUGGCAGGUCGGAUGUGGUGGUGCUUUGCUUCUCUCUGGCUAAUCCCAAUUCCCUGCGCCACGUCCGCACCAUGUGGUUUCCGGAGAUCAAGCACUUCUGUCCACGGACACCCAUCAUCCUGGUGGGAUGCCAGCUGGAUCUCCGCUACGCUGACCUGGAUGCAGUUAAUCGUGCACGUCGACCCCUUGCCAAACCCAUCAAACCGACGGACAUCCUCCCUCCCGAGAGAGGUCACGAGGUGGCGAAGGAGCUCGGGAUACCGUACUACGAAACCAGCAUCGUCGCCCAGUUUGGAGUCAAGGACGUUUUUGACAAUGCCAUCAGAGCUGCCCUCAUCUCCCGCCGUCACCUGCAGUUCUGGAAAUCUCACCUGAAAAAAGUCCAACGGCCUCUCCUCCAGGCACCCUUCCUGCCUCCUCGCCCGCCGCGCCCCAUUGUGGGAAUUCCGGACCCCCCACCCACCAACGGCGAGGGCCCCGACUCCCUCUUCUGCCACCCGCUCUGCGCGGAUGUGGUUUUCCUGCUGCAGGGCGGCUGCACUCGCGUUUUUGCGCAUAAAGUUUACCUGGCGACUUCCUGCUCCAAAUUCUAUGACCUCUUCACCCUUGAACUGGGGGCAUCCUGCACGGCGCCACAAGGGGAGCAGGACCAAAGCAAGGAAAGCUCGGACAGCGGCGAGGAAGACGAGCUGAGCAGAAGAGGAGCCAAGGAGCAAGCCGGGCGCACCAAGAGCCUGGACAUUGAUAAAGAUGGGGUCGAUGGCGCCGUGCGGGGACUGAAUCGACCCCCGCUGCUCCAGCGUGGCUCUUUACGGACUUCCCAGAGUGAUAAUGCGCUCCCUUCUCGAGCGCAGUACUCUCUGGGAACUCCCGUGAAUUGCCGGGCGCUUUCGGGAUGGGGAAGAGGGUUCUUGAGUGUUUGUCUGGAGCACGUUGAUGACCCCAUGACUGGACGACCACGACUAAUGACUGUGGUUGUCAUGGAUGUGCUCAUUCAAGAGGAACCCUUCAAGGCCGUGCUGCAGUACUUAUACACCGGCAACCUGGAUGAAGGUCGAGGAGACCUGAUGCAGGUGGCCACCAUCGCUGAGCUACUUGAGGUGUUCGACCUGCGGAUGAUGGUGGCCAAUGUCCUCAACAGGGAGAGUUUUAUGAACCAGGAGAUAACCAAGGCCUUCCACGUCCGCAGAGCCAACCGCAUCAAGGAGUGCCUUAACAAAGGCACCUUUGCCGAUGUGGUGUUCCGGCUGGACGACGGCUUCCUCCCGGCCCACAAGCCGCUGCUCAUCUCCAGCUGUGACUGGAUGGCGGCCAUGUUCCGCGGCUCCUUCAUGGAAAGCUACGUCGAGGAGGUGCCCAUCCCGUCCACCAGUACGGCAUGUAUGCGAGGCGUGCUGGAGUUCCUGUACUGUGCCAUGCUGACCCCUUGUCCUGACCUGGAGGCCAUUGAAUUAAUAGUGGUGGCCAACCGUCUUUGUUUACCACGCCUGGUCGCCCUCACCGAGCAGCACGCUGUCGAUGAGCUUCUGCAGUUGGCAGCGAAAGGAGUUGACAUCGACGGGCACGUCUUGGCCUAUUUGGAGCUCGCCCAGUUCCACAAUGCCAAGCAGCUAUCAGCCUGGUGUCUCCAUCACAUCUGCACAAACUAUAACAGCAUCUGUCGCAAGUUUCCAAAAGACAUGAAGGCCAUGUCUCCAGAUAACCAGAGGCAUUUUGAAAAGCAGCGCUGGCCUCCCGUUUGGUUCCUGAAGGAGGAGGACCGCUAUUUGCGCUCGCAGAAAGAGCGCGAGCACGAGGAGGAGAUCUUGCGCAAGCAGCACACCAAGCGAGGCUGGUGCUUCUGGAGACAUCCGUCCUCUUCGCCGCACGUCUCCUAGGCUUCAACGGAAGAAGGCCCCCGCUUGACCCAUCUGCCCCCAGCUCUCGAUGCAGACCUGACUCAGUGUUAAGAGGGAAUGCCGGCGCGAGUGCAGUUCUGACUACAUAAUGGCGUCACUAGAGCAAAGUGCCCCCCCCAACACCCCCCGCCCCUUCAUCCCGUCCAUUGUGUGAUUGGACCGGGAGCAAGGGCUGUCAAUUUCUCCUCGUCGCCAGUGUCUGUCUUGAUCAGCUCCACUUCUGCUUUAAUUUAACUUGGGGAGUUUUUGUAAAGGGGCUCACAUCUGCCUUCACUUCUACACAGACUGUUAGCCUGCACACACAGACCCUUUUGCCCAAGAUCUACCUUUCUACAACCAGCACUGGAUAUCCAGGAAGUGACACGAUGUAACUCAUUUUGAUACAAGUUUUUUUUUUUUUUUUUUUUUUUGUAAACCCCUUGCACCUUUUUACACGACUAUCAUCGAAGACCUUCUCCGAGGAAGGCUCCAUGAUUGUCUGGACUGCCGAAUUGGAGCACAUUUUUGAAUUUGCCCCCGCACCCCUCUAAAAACAAACACACAUACAAAAGAAAAAACAAGCUCACUUUGAUGCACUUCUAAGACUUUCCAAGUGACAACUGAAUAGCGUUGACGGGGAUCCGGAGCCUUACUUGACGCCUCUUUUUGGAGGAAUGACGGAUGCAGUAUUAAACAAAAGCAUCUGUAACGUCCAUCACCGCCACUAGAUAAAAAGCGCCUCAGCAAGCCUGCCUUUACACCACUGCACCACUGGGGGCAGCAUUGCUCAGGGCCCCGCCACUACAGUCACACUUUUUUAAUGCCUGUGACUUAGACGUCGUUGUCGCUAGUAGUAUGUACAAGGAGUAUGAGGGCCGCACUGAACAAAGACGUUUUUCCAGACUAAAGUAUUGAGUAAAGUUUCUAUACAGUAUUUACACGCAAUUGCAACAAAUUGGCGUAGUAUAGCCGUCUGAUUGACGCUGCCUCCAAAGGUUUCUAAUUGUCUAUAUGCUGCAAAAUGGUCGUAAAUCAAUUAAAAAGAUUAAAUUAAUAUUAGAAUAAUGGACAAAUGUGAAUAUCGGCGGCGUCACUAUUGCAUAAUUUUUUUUAAUUCUCUAUUGGAAGACUUUGCAAUUGAGACGGCUUUAUUUCUGCCACAUUACGCACUCGGAUAAAAAUAACUAUCCUCAUAAGAAUCUCUUAAUAGCACUUUCUUUUCACAGAAUAACAUUAUUUUUUCCUCAAGAAUGAGACUUUCUAAUGUUCUCAAAAUAUGUUUUUCCUCAUAUUAAUUUUCUCUUGCAACCUAACGUUUCUUUUUUUUUUUUACUUUAUUCUCGCAACAUUGCACUUUUUAUACAUUUAUUUAAUUCCUCCCCCUCGUAAUUAUUUCUUUUGUUUUCAAUUUGGCCCGAGUACUCCUGUCGUUGGUAGGCACAGUAUUGUGAUGAGUGUUAAAAAUCAGCAAGAGCACAUGCAACAUGUUAUUGAGUGCAUUUAUGAACUCUGUCCACCUCACUCGGAAUACCAAAGCUGUGAUUCUCUUUCUUCCCCACUUUGCUUCAUUUCUGCUUCCCUUGCUUGCAUCCUUGUUGCAAAGAGGGCGACGCGGUGGUCAAGCGGUUCGUAUUAUGAGGCACGGUGUUUGAAUUCCUCCUCAGGAGGGGGAAAAAAAAAAAAAAAGAUUCACUUUGCCUUCCGUUCCUUUCACUGGAAUCCAAAAUGGUGCUCGAGACACAAUACAACACACACAUUAGUUCUCAGUUUCCAGUAUGUGUCCAGUGUUUCAACUUCAAUGAAAGGUUCAGCAAGUUUCCAAGAAGGUCGUUCAGUUGAACAUGUGCUUUUUUUGUGUUAAAAAAAAGAAAAAAAAGAAAAACAACCCAGGUCAUCGGUUUUUAGAAUGUGUAGCAUUUGAAUUUGACACACAUAGUGCUUUUGGGGGACUGGGAGAUUUUUUUUUGUAUUCACCACCAAAGUGUUGUUGAUGUAUACACACAAAAUUGAGCUGAGUGCUCUUUUUUUUUUCCCCACUGAUCACACUCUUUUGCGCAUUAGCUCGAAAAGCGAUGGAGAUGAGAUGGCUUUGAGUCACCUGGGUCGCAUGUCCCUGUUCUCUGGAGAAAGACGCGACAAAGUCCUGAAAUAGACUUCCAAUUGGAUCUCGUGAGAGCCAAGUGAGAACCAAGCCAAUUUUCCAGUUCAAACAUUGCCUGGUAUUACUCACUCUUAUCCAACUUCAGUGCUUUUGAAAGGUGAUUAGGAUAUUGAUGAACAGAUUUUGAUGGCUACUAUUUGUCUUAUUAAUUAUUGGUAUGGCCCAAUUAGCCUCUUCUCUCAGUCCAUGUGCCUUAUAACGGACAAAAUAAGUCAACGUUUGGGUUGCAGGCUGUUUCUGUAAAAUAGGUUGUGCUUUACACACCGCAAUCUGAACUUCCUUUUCCAAGCAGAUGACCUUGAAUUAAUCUCCCCCCCGAUUAUUGUUUUUAUGUGGAUUAUUUUUUGGACGGAGGAAUGGAGAAAGACGCCAUGGACAGAAGGCCGUCAUGAUUUCAAAUUGAAAAAAAAAAAAGUGCCAGAUUGAUUCCUGAAGUGACUAUAAAGUAGUUAACACUGUUAUUGGUCGGGGGCAGAUGUUAGACAAAAAUAUUUUGUUUAGGAAAGCAUUUUCUGUUGAAGUUGUCUUAUGUUUUUGUUUGAUUUCUGCGCUUAGCCCAUCUCGAAUGAUUGUAGCACACUUUUUGAUUGACCUAAAAUAACCCCCUUUUUUACAAGCUCUGAUUUUUGUACACUGAUCACUCGGCGCAUUUAAAUACCUAUUUAACUUUGUCAGAAAAAUAAUAAUGAGAAUAAUAUGCAGGGACAUUUAUAAACUUAAAAAUAACUAAGAGGCAAUCAUCAGACUUUGUAUUGUAAUACAAGAUAUAAUAUACUUGUGCAGGGUGUUUUUCAAAGUAACACUGCAGGUGAUUUAUGUUCUUAAAAUGCACAUGCGGCCCAUGAGAGCAUUUGAUCUGGUUCACCAUGCAAUUCUUAAGAAAGGAAAGAAAAAUGGCUUCAAUUGGAUUUGCAUGCAAUUAAUUGUGGGAAAACAUGCACGUUGCUGGGUCUCCUCUUAGUAUAAUAAUUUUGAUCAUGGCCGAACGGAAUGACUAUUGAAAUGGAGGAGUGAUAAUAUUGAAUUACAGGACAUUAAAAUGAAAUUAUUUGGAGUCAGUCAGCUACUGUUGCUAUGGUGUCCUCACAGGCCAAAGUUAAACGAUAUACACUGAUGUCAUGUUUAGCUGUUUGUCUUCAUCACAUCAUAUUGGAGUCUGAGCGCAAAACACGUUGUGUGUCUCCGUUCAUGUGCCUUGAGUGAAAUGUUCACACUUGUAGCCCUGUACAGGCUGACCACUACUACCAUGCGCCGCUUCAAGUCAACUAAGCCAAAAAAUAACAUAAAAAAGUAAUGCUAGGCAGCUUGUAAUUUCUUUUUUUUUUUGCAACAGUGAUGACACGAGUUUUUGUUGCUGUUGUAUUAUCUGCUCAAGUUACGCAACAGUUGAAUUGUGAAAUAACCUUGCACACCAGCAGUUCUCAAAUGAGGUCUCUGCACUCUCUGUUAGGUGCCUGCACUUUCUAUUAUGUAGCCUAUAAUGAAACCUUCUGUGAUCAAUACUCUGAACUUGCUCAAUUUUUCAUAUAACAAGCUUUGGAUUCAUCUUAGGUUUCACUUUGUCAUCGUUACUCCACAUUCAGUGUUCCACUGUUCAGAUGCAAACAUUUGCUGUGAUGACUAUGUUUAAUAUGAUGCUUUAAUUAAUUCCUUCAAUUGUUAUCCACAAGUCAAGUAUUUAGGAUUGUAAUGUUGCGGAGGGUCGCGUGGACUGAAUAGUAUAGUUGUGCACUUUUGUUUCCAUGUGACUUUUAUUAACCUCCACGGCUCAUGUGUAGUACCAUAACAACAAAGAGCACACCUUCACCUAUGACUGUUAAGGGCUUUCAAAAAGAAAAAAAAAAGAAGAAAAAACUAAACAAUCAGAAUGUUUGCUACUGUUUGCAAAGAUGUUUUGAAACGGUUUGUAAUAUUUUUUGAACCGCUAUGAUUUGUACAAAAUGACCUUUUUCUUUUUUGCCAUUGCAGUAUUUUGAUGUUUGACAUGGAUUUUAUUAAAACGGUUUAAUCUUUUGAA